AUGUGUUGUUAUUGGCUGGGGGGGAUUAGUGGAUAUAUGUUGGUUCAACAUCUAACAGAUGAUAGCCCAAAUGCAGAAGGAGGCUUGACGAGAAUGUUAAAUUGGCUUGUUUUCAUGUGCGGUAUUUUAUUGGCACCCAAAUUGGUAAAAUACGAUCCUAAUUUGAAGAUAUUUAUGUGGUUUCUCUCUGGAAUGGUAAUAAUAGGUAUGUUUAUGUUGGCACUAGUUGUGGACGAUGGUGGUAACAUAAGGAAAUUUGCAUAUAUAAGUUGUGGACUUGCAGUUGUGGGUAUACUUUUGCAGAUGAAAUUUGUUGAAAAGGAAAAGAAAAAUCUAAAUGUAUGGAUAUGUUACCUGAUUGUCGCAACAGGCAUGUUGAUAACGUUACACUUUUUGGAUAUCGGAGAUUAUAAUAGGACAUUUUUAUGGGCAAGUUUUGGUCUUGUUGCUUUAGGAGUGCUCAUGGGGACGCUGAUAGUGAAUGAUGCUUCGUCAAAGACCGGUGAUAAACAAAUCGGUACGAGUACACUGGUACAAUUGGUGUAG